AUUUUCUGCUGCGUUGGUGUGACUGUGCGAACAAGCUAAUCUCGGCUGCUCGCUUGUCUUAUUAUAAACACACUUAUCCGUUUUUUUUUCUUCCGUCUGCACUAUUUCAAACAACACGGACAAUGGCUGAUCCAAGAAUACGACAAAUAAAAAUCAAGACCGGCGUUGUCAAACGUUUGGCCAAAGAGGAGGUGUUGUACAUAAAGGAGGCGAAGCAGCAGGAAGAGAAGAUUGAGCGUCUCAAGGCAGAGGCAGGAGACGAGUAUUUAAUCAAGAAACAGAUGGAGGUGUUGCAAGAGUCAAGAAUGAUGAUCCCUGACUGCCAUCGUCGUUUAGCCAUGGCCCACGCUGACCUGCAGCAACUGUUGGAAACAGAAGAGGAACUGGCUGAAACAGAAGAAUACAAGGAGGCCAGAACUGUUUUAGAUUCAGUCAAGCUGGAAGGAUGAUGGACACAAGCGAAUAAACACCCACAGACGCUAACGUACACACUGACAUCCCAAGUGUCCAUUCCAUUUGUUCUGACUUGUUUAGCCUUUCAGAAGCAAUGCGACGUGUUAACUGGUUGCUUACCUUUGCAUCUCAUAGAUUUUUGUAUUGAUUCAUUAUUUUAAAGGCACCGUUUUCUUUCUAGCCUUCUGUGAUCAAAUUGACACCAUCAUGAAAUAAAGUUUCUUUUUACUACUUCAAA